AUGCCGCGGGCUUGUGCUGCCUGGGGUCCGCUCCUGCUGCAGCAGCAGCAGCAGCAGCACCUGCUCCAGCAUCAGCAGCAUCAGCACAGCAUUGCACUGCAGCACGAAUUUGAGCGACACCAAGACAUUGACUUCGGGGGCAAGCUGGCCAAGACAGAUCUGAAGGUUCAGCAGCAGCAGCAACUCCAGCAGCACCUGCACCUGCAGCAGCAGCAGCACCUGCAGCUGCAGCAGCAGCAGCAUCUGCAUCUGCAUCUGCAGCAGCAGCAUCAAGAACCGCAGCAGCAGCAGCAGCAGCAGCAGCAGCAGCGGCAGUAUGUAUUUAGCAGCGAUUCGUUCGUCAGCAGCAGCAGCAACAAUUGCACGGGCUGCUGCAGUGCUGCCAACUCUAGUAUACAGGAGCAGCAGCAGCAAGGGCAGGACUCUUCUCUACAGCAUUCCCUCGCAGCAGCAGCAGCAGCUGCUGCUGCUGCAGCUGUAGCAGCAGCAGGCUUGCCCGCAUUGAGCUGCUGCAGCAGGGCGAGCGACGCCUGCAGCGAAUUCAGCAGCAGCAGCCGCAGCAGCCGCAGCAGCAGCAGCAGCAUCAUCAGCUGCCGCACAGUCGAGCACCUUCCCUGGGUGGGAGUCACUACGAUCAAAGCCUAUGCGAGUUACCGCAUGCAGCAGCAACAGCAGCAGCAGCAGCAGGAAGUGAAGCAGCAGCAGCAGCAGCAGCAGCAAACACUGCACGAGCAGCAGCAGCCGCAACUGCUGCAGCGGGCAGAGCCAUGCGGCGAACAGCUGCUGCCCCGUGUGACAGGAGCAGCAGCGGCUGCAGCACAAGUCCCACUAGCAGCAGAUGGGGCAGCAGCAGCUGCUGCUGCUGCCGCUGGAGCAGCAGCAGAAGCAGCAGCAGUUGGAGCAGCAGCAGCCGGAACAGCAGCAGAAGCUGCGACAAAUGACACAACGGAAGCAGCAAAAGCACCGCUACCUGCUGCAGCAUCUCUUUCAAAAGGUGGUGCACCAAGUGGCUCUGCUGCUGCUGCCACUGCUGCUGUUACUGCUGCUGCUGCUGCUACUAGGGCUGUUGCUGCUGCUGCUGCUGAGGAAGCGCCGGUGACUGCCAUUCCUGCAGCAGCAGGGGACCUGACAGCUGCAGCAGCAGCAGCAACAGCAACUGCAAAAGUAACAGUAGCAACGGCAGAAGCAGCAACUAAGGCGGGGACAGCAGCAGCAGCAGCAGCAGCAGCAGGAGCAGCAGCAGCAGCAGCAGCCCCUGGCCUCUCUUUACAGCAGCAGCAGCAGCAGCGGCAGCAGGUACGCGAGCAGUUGCAGCAGCAGCAGCAGCAGAUAUGCAAGCAGCUGCAGCAGCAGCAGCAGUCUCCGCAAGGCCAUGACUUUCCGCAUGCAUGCCAGCAUCUCGGAAAUGGAGCAGCAGCAGCUGCAGCAGCAACAACAGCAGCAGCUGCUGCUGCAGCAAAAGGAACGCAAACAGCAGCAGCAACAGCAGCAGAAGAGCAGCAGCUGCUGCUGCAGCAAAAGGAACGCAAACAGCAGCAGCAACAGCAGCAGAAGCCGCUGGGUCGGCCUGCAGCAGCAGCAGGCAGCGUGGAGUGUACUGACACCACCUGCAGAGCAGCAGCGCAGCAGCAGCUGAAGCAAUCCUGCAAUACUGCAGCAGCAGCAGCAGCAGCAGCUGCUGCUGCUGCUGCUAUUGAUACUGCAUACGCAAGAGACUCAGUUGGCAGCUGCUCAACCACUGCAACGGGAGGCGUGCUGCUGGAGGCAGCAGCAGCAACAGCAGCAGCAAAUGAGGUGGCAGCAACAAGGGCAGCAGCAGCAGAUGCUGCUGCAAGAGAAUCUCCUUGUAGUACAAAUCCCUUGGGUCUCAGCAGCAGCAGCAACAGCAGCAGUGGCAGCAACGACAGCCAGGUAGAUGACACUCCAGCUAUUGCUGCUGCUGCUGCUGCUGCUGCUGCUGUCCCUCCUGCUGCUGCUGCAACAAACUCUCCACUUCCACGUUUUAUUCGGCUGCGGCGGGCAGCCCCAGCUGCUGAGCAGCAGCAGCAGCAGCAGCAGCAGCAGCAAGCAGCUGCAGCUGCUGCAGCAGACAUCGAAACUGCAGCGGCAGCAGCAGAGUUUCCCGUAGUUAGAGAAGCAGCAAGCUGGCUGCCGCGCCAGUCUCCUGCUGCUGCGGCUUCUGCUGCUCCUGCUGCUGCGGGAGCAGCAGCCGCAGCAGCAGAGACAGCAGGUGCAGCAGCAGCAGCAGCAGCAGAGCAGCAGCAGAGACGAGCAGCAGCAGCUGCGAAGCAAAGGCCCUCUCACUUUUGGAGGAGCCCCUCAGUCCCCCCCAGCGCGCGAGCUGCCCUCCAGCAGCAGCAGCAGCAGCAGCAGCAGCUCCAGCAGCAGCAGCUCCAGCAGCAGCAGCAGCAACAGCAGCAGUAG